AUGAAAUGUUCCGACACCUGGGUUGGCUUCGCUCAUCAUUACACCGAUGAUCUUGGGGAGCGUCUGCACCGUGGUCCAACCUCUUUGGACAUGUUGCACAGGCCGACAGAAUUCAGAAAACCCGGAGUGUUCAUCCCCGUUGCCGCGACACCCAAGCGUGCGAGUACAUACAGUACACAGUACGGUACCGUAACGACACCUUCUCGAAGCAAGCCCUCGGCCCUUCUUCGUAACCCCCUGCGCUGCCGUCUCAUCGCUGCAAAAUCAAGAGUUUUUGGAAUUAGUGUCGCCGUUUGCUACUAUCUUAACGAAGAAUUGGACAAGUGGGAUGCGCUUCUCGAUAAACUGGACAAGGGAGAGCAAGUCUACGAUUUAUCUGAAGAUCUAGCCAUCUCUAGUCUAGCCAUCUACCGCUUUUUUUCAUUCAACUCGGAUUUAUCCCCACACUAUUUUGGCCAAUUAUGUGGUUUGCUGGCUGCAUACCCCGUUGAGUCGUCAGCAUGCAAGUCCUUCACCAGAUGUGAUUGGCUGUACAACGUGGGGAUAAAUCCGACGGGAAUGGGAAAAAGCGGUAACCUUUGCGUGAUUUCGGUGAUUUCUCCCGAGUCGUGGCAUCCACGCCGCGGCAUCGGCCUUUCGCGGCCUGGUCCUUGCCAGGAAUGCUCCACUAGGCCGGGAGAAGAGGUCGGCUCACGGAGGCCCCGACUGGUCCGGUUUGCCGAUGUCUUCUUGACUCCCGCUUGGCGGUCUGCUGCAGGCCGGCCUCCUCGCUCCGUUGUGCUCAACAACGUGGCUAGCGCUGUUCUUCGUUGCUGUGAGAAUGUCUGA